AAAGGCAAAAAAUCAACCAAACGAAAAUGAAUAGGGCUUUUAGAUCUGUGCGGAAGUUUAUGCCUAAACAUCAAGUGGAUUUUGCCUUAUCUAGCUCAUGACUUGCCGGUAAAUUUCCUUUGCUGUGAACACAGAGUGUUCCGUUUUCCUGUUGAAGUCAGCGCUCGUUCUGACGGUUUCACAAGAAAAACAAUCAGCCGUUAUCGGGGUUUUCCCAGAAAAUGUUGCACUAACUCGACGUGAUGAAAUGAAAAGUAGCUUCCGCCAAGACUUUUUUUUCCUUUUUCCUGGGGAAAUAGGGCCACACAAAACCCACAGUCGAUUAAUCCUUCUUAAUGUUUUGACGUCUUCGAAAACCAAGGAGGCGUAGGUAUUUUUCUUGGCAAGAAACACAGUUGAUUGCUUUUAGCGCUUGCAAACUAUUCCUGUGGCACAUGUAUUAAUCAUCAACCCUGUUGGAUUCGAUUCAAAGUCGCCCACGGUUAAAGGACAGAUGAAAGAAAAUAGAUCCCUUUUGUGGAAAAAGCUGGACUUAUCGUAAUCAAAGGAAACCUUAAAAUAACAGCUUUGCAAGGCGCAUCUCUUCGGAUGCAGGGCCUAAAAUGGCGACGGAAUGCACAAAGAGGGCGAUUAAAGUUGGAUUCUACGACAUCGAGAAGACCAUCGGCAAAGGCAACUUCGCGGUGGUGAAGCUAGCAAGACACCGCGUCACAAAAAGCCAGGUCGCCAUUAAGAUCAUCGACAAAACUCAGUUGGAUGAAACGAACCUCAAGAAAGUACAUCGCGAAAUACAGAUAAUGAAACUACUUCACCAUCCGCAUAUCGUCAAACUAUACCAGGUGAUGGAAACGAAAAGUAUGUUGUAUCUUGUCACGGAAUACGCCAGCAACGGAGAAAUGUUUAAUUAUUUGUCACAUGGUGCUCUGCCUGAGAAAGAGGCACGGAAAAAGUUUGCGCAGAUUUUAAGUGCAGUGGAGUAUUGCCACAAAAGGCAUGUGGUGCAUCGCGACUUAAAGGCUGAAAAUCUUCUUCUAGACCAGAGUUUAAACAUAAAAAUCGCAGACUUUGGUUUUGGCAACUACUACACCCCUGGGAGUCCUUUAAACACGUGGUGUGGCAGUCCCCCUUAUGCUGCCCCUGAGGUCUUUGAAGGAAAACUCUACCAUGGUCCACAGUUGGACAUUUGGAGUUUGGGUGUUGUUCUGUACGUACUUAUCUGCCGUGCGUUGCCGUUUGAUGGUGGAACUCUCCCAGCCCUUCGAGACAGAGUGUUGGAAGGCCGAUUCAGGAUCCCUUUCUUUAUGUCCACGGAAUGCGAACACUUGAUUCGACACAUGCUUGUCAAAGACCCAAACCAGCGUUACACUAUCGAACAGAUCAAGAAACACAAAUGGAUGCAAGCAGAUCCUGCUGUAAAAACCAUCCUCUCCUACAAUGACGAAGAAAAUUUGGAGGGAGAGAAAAUUCUGGAUGAGUACAACGAACAAGCUCUCGAACUCAUGCACGGACUGGGCAUCGAUAUCGAAAGAACGAAAACGGCUCUAGCUGAAAACGCGUAUGACCAUCACACUGCUAUUUAUUUCUUACUUGUGGAUCGGUUGCGGCAGCACAGGGCUAGUUACCCACUACAAACUCAACUAGAGACCAGACUUCGUCGGCCAAGUGGCAUCGCGGAGGCCGCUGUUGUACGAGGGAGUAGGAAUAAUGUUGUUGUGGUACCCAGUCGCGCAGCGCAGCGCACGGUCCCGGCACAACCAGCUCGACCUUAUAUUCCUUUACAAUACGCCAUCAACGAACUGCAUGAGCGCAUUCCAACGCCGCCUGAGAUAAGGCGGGAAAUCGCCACGGAGUGCGUAAAAGAACUGUCACCGAUACGCGAGCCCGGACUCAAGGCGCGGUCGAUCUCGCCGCGUCAAAUGAUAGGGCCGGCGCUAUCAUUAGACAACAGUGUUAGUAGAGAAACGGACUCUUCUGCGGUAGAAAACAUGGAAAGCGAGGACACUGACGAAGAAAAGCCCAAAGUUAGGCGGCAUACUGUUCAUACUAUGCCCAAGGAACCGUUAGUUGUACCCGCGCACCAUCCACUGUGGUUGGCGCGCGGUAGUUCAGAGGAAGUGCUUGAAGAAUCGAACAUGCCCACGUUUCAAAUGAAACCAGCUAUUGUGGUUUCACACUGCGGACCAACUAAUGGCUCCUCGGCGUCCAGUUCACAAUUCAUGUUACAUAGAGGCUCUGGAGUACACCUACACGAUCCCAGGUCAAAUUUUCACGUGCCACUCGGUCGGCGUGCGUCGGACGGUAAUGCCGUAGCGCUUGCGUUUCAACAGAACUUACGGGUGGCAACAACGCACAAUAGAAUAAGAAAACUGCAACAGGAGCAUCAGAAACUGCAAGAACAGUACCAAAAAUCUCUGUCGCCCUCUGAACUUACGGACCAGCAGGCGGUUCACUCCGAAUACAAACAACACUUUGUCUACGAGCAAAUGCGGGAAGAGCUACAAAAACACUAUGAGGAACUCAUGGCUGUCAAUGAACAGGAAAGAACUGGCAGGAGAAUGGAGUCGGUUGUGGAACAAAAAACUAGUUUUCAACCGGAUAAUCAGGCUCCGUAUCCUCUUCCUUUGCAUCAUCAACUCCAACAACUUCACAUCGACGCGAGACACAAUCCGCUGCGGCGUACUCCAUCUUACAAACAAAAUCCACAUAAACAAGUCUUUCGAACAUCUUCUUAUAAACGCGCUCAGAUAUGCGGAAUGUUGCCUCCAUUAGAAAGCGGCCUGCCCACUGAGUCCCUUGAAAACACGGAACCUCUUGUUCAGGCCGACACUCAAAAUGUUGGAAGAUAUUCCAUUAUUUCACUUUGAGAUGUUACACGCGGGCGCAGUGUGUGUUCUCAGAUGCAAAACUAAAGUUCUCUUUUGACGGGGCGGUUUUCAGAAGACUUGCAAACCACGAAACUGGUUAAACAAGUUAUCGCUUAACCACCACGAACCUAGUUAAACAAGUUAGGAGGGCUCAACAGUCAAAGAACUCGCGAUAGUUUCCAAGUCAAAUUGAUUAGUUUUUGUUCUUUUUUAAGACCAAUCAGAGCUUGAGAAAUGAUAAGCAGUCAUUUUAAAACCGCCCCGUUCAGAAGCGCUUGCUAAAUUUAUAUAUUCUUUAUAAAUAUAUUUCUAACGAGAGAGAAAGAGAGAAUGUAGGUUUUUUACGGUCCCUUUGGAAGUGAAAGUAGAUUUCUAAAAAAUAACGAAUCAGUGUGUAUAGUUAGAAAAGUAAAUGAAAAAAUUGUAAAUAACUUUUCCCUUUCUCGCCUGUAGGCUUUGAGCUUGUUAGACGCGACUGGAGUACGAGCUGUAGAAAUACAGUACAUUUCUAUUAAAAAAAAAAAAAUCAAAUACA